GAAAGGCUUCAAGCUCGUCAUCUUGGAUGAAGCCGACGCCAUGACCCAGGAUGCUCAGAAUGCCUUGGUGAGGGUCAUCGAGAAGUUCACAGAAAACACCCGCUUUUGCCUCAUCUGCAACUACCUCUCCAAGAUCAUCCCUGCCUUGCAGUCCCGCUGCACGCGCUUCCGCUUCGGCCCCCUCACCCCGGAGCUGAUGGUGCCCCGGCUGCGGCACGUCAUACAGGAGGAGGGGGUGGAUGUGACUGAGGAUGGGAUGAAGGCUCUGGUGACCCUCUCGAGCGGUGACAUGCGCAGAGCCCUCAAUAUCUUGCAGAGCACCACCAUGGCUUUCGGGAAGGUGACUGAGGAGAACGUCUACACCUGCACGGGACACCCCCUCAAGUCUGACAUUGCCAACAUCCUCGACUGGAUGCUGAAUCAGGACUUUUCCACCGCCUAUCGCAAAAUCAUGGAGCUGAAGACGCUGAAGGGCUUGGCCCUGCAGGACAUCCUCACCGAGAUCCACCUCUUUGUGCACAGAGUCGAUUUCCCACCCUCGGUCCGCAUUCAGCUGCUGAUCAAAAUGGCAGACAUCGAGUAAGUGUCUGC